AUGAAGGAGGUUCUAACUCUGCUCAAGUUCAGCUUCGACAGGCUGAAAGAUACAUCCGCCAGGGAGUGCCUUCUCUACUGCGCCCUCUUCCCAGAGGAUCACAACAUCGAUAUAAGUCAGCUCAUUGAGUACUGUGUAGGAGAAGGGCUCUUAGAAAGGGGACGCCAUCCCGACUCUAUUGAUAGAGCUCGUAAUCGCGGGCUCAUCACCGUCACAAGUCUCAAAGCUGACUGCCUGCUAGAAGACGGGAACAACAGAGGAUGA